AUGUUUCUUUCCAUCAUCUUCUUCGUACUUAUUACUCAUGUUGGGUCUGUUAUGCCCGGACAGCUCAAACCCAAAAACAUAUUCCUCUUAGCAGGACAAAGCAACAUGGCUGGACGUGGAGGCGUUUACAAUGACACCAAAACCAACUUGCUCAAGUGGGAUGGAAAGGUUCCUCCACAAUGCACUCCCACUCCCAACAUCCUCGCACUAUCUCUAAACAAGACUUGGGAGAUAGCUCGUGAACCUCUUCAUAAGGAAAUUGAUAAUUUGAAGACCUGCGGGGUGGGACCAGGCAUGCCCUUUUCCAACGAAAUAUUGGCAAAAUGUCCAAACUUUGGAGUGAUUGGUCUAGUCCCUUGCGCAAUAGGAGGAACAAAGAUAGAAAGGUGGCAAAAGGGUACUAAUCUAUACAAUCAAUUGUUGGAUAGAGCAAGAGCUGCGAGGCAAAGUUCUGGUGGUAAUAUUCGUGCACUGCUUUGGUAUCAGGGAGAGAGUGAUUGUGAUGAGCGGGACUCUAGGCUCUAUAAGGAAAGGUUGGAGAAGUUUUUCAGUAAUGUUCGACAAGAUCUUGACUCUCCUGAACUUCCCAUUCUUAUGAUUGUAGUUUCUACUGGAGAAGGAAUGUUCCUAAGAUCUGUAAGAGAUGCUCAGCUGAAUAUAAACCUGAAGAAUGUCGUGCGCGUUGAUUCCAUGGGAUCAACCUAUUUACCAGGUCACUUGCAUUUGGAUACAAAGUCUGCUGUUCGCAUUGGCCAGAAGCUAGCUGAUAAUUUUUUAUACAACUUUUACCACUAG